ACCCAUCUUCUCCCUUUUCUUUUCACCAAACUUGAGAAAAAUGAAGCACCAACUUGUUCCAUCACUAAAUGUUCGCUGUUUUCUUACCCUUGCGUUCAUCGCUCUAUUCUCCCACUCUUCUGCUGCAAUUCCGAAAACCCAAAACCGUCUUUCGAGAGGCUCUUCGCUCUCCGUCCAAGAUGAUUCCGGCUUCCUAACUUCACCAGAUGAAUCCUUCACUUGUGGUUUCUAUGGUGUAGGCACAAAUGCUUACUGGUUUUCGAUAUGGUUUACGAAAUCCAGAGACAGAACUGUUGUUUGGACGGCCAACAGAGAUAGACCAGUCAACCGCCUCGGCUCCAGAAUCUCCCUCCGCCGAGACGGAGCCAUGGUCUUGACGGACGUCGAUGGAACAUCCGUCUGGGAGACCACCGCGAACUCCAGCAGCUCCAGAGCUGAAACGGCCGUGCUUAUGGAUUCCGGCAACCUUGUCUUAAGAGACAAGCAAGGUAAAGUUCGGUGGCAAAGUUUUGAUUUUCCAACUCACACUCUUCUUCCAAACCAGCUUUUUACAAAGAGCAAGAAGCUGAUAUCUACUUUGGGAAAAGGCACCUUUGGGACCGGCUAUUUCAGCUUCUAUUUCGACAAUGACAAUGUUUUGAAGCUCAUGUUCGACGGCCCUGACACUUCGAGCUUGUACUGGCCUGAUCCUGAUUACGACACUUACGGCAACAAUCGAACAAAUUACAACAGUAGCAGGGUUGCUGUUUUGGAUGAUUUGGGGAAUUUUUUCUCCAGUGAUGAACUACAAUUCUCAGCUUCCGACGCAGGGUCAAGUGCAAAAAGGCGGUUGACUAUGGAUUAUGAUGGAAACCUCAGGCUUUAUAGCCUAGAAAGCGCGACAGGGUUUUGGGUGGUUACCUGGGAAGCCAUGACGGAGCUGUGUAAGGUGCAUGGGAUCUGUGGGAGAAAUGGGAUCUGUAUUAAUACGCCGCAGCCGAAAUGCUCGUGCCCUCCUGGCUACGGAGUAGCUGACACAAGUGACUGGAAAAGGGGUUGCAAACCUAUGUUCAAUGGUUCAUAUUCGCGGUCCCAGCAAGUGAAAUUCAUGCAGAUGGAGCAUGUAGAUUUCUAUGGUUAUGAUUUCAAUUAUAGCGAACUUACCUCGUUCGAAAAUUGCAGGAAUUUCUGCUUGGAUGAUUUCCGGUGCAAAGCAUUUACUUAUAAGAAGACAGGAAAAGGGAAAUGUUUUACGAAGAGUACUCUUUUCAAUGGGUACAAGUCUCCAAAUUUUAUAGGGAGUACAUACAUAAAAGUGCCCCUGAGUGUGGAAACGUCGCUGCCUGUCAAUCUCAAGGCCUCAGAUACAUGCAGGAAGAAUUUGUUAAAGGUUGUAGUCGGUUCUCCUUCGAUGUAUGAAAAUACUGCGAAAAGGGUAAGAUGGGUGUAUUUGUAUAGCUUUGUUUUUGCAGUGGGUGCGCUUGAAGUUCUUUUCAUAGCUUCCGCCAACUGUCUACUUUUCCGAAGGCACAAUGCAGCAGCUUCGACAGAAGAUGGAUAUCACGUAAUUUCGAGUCAGUUUAGAAAGUUUUGCUACGCUGAGCUCAAGAAAGCAACCAAAAACUUCAAUGAAGAGCUUGGAAGAGGGGUCUCCGGUGCUGUGUACAAGGGCGUUCUGGCGGACAAAAGAGUGGUGGCUGUGAAGAAACUGGCGGACUUAUAUCAAGGGGAAGGUGUGUUUUGGGCAGAAGUUAGCACAAUUGGGAAAAUUAAUCACAUGAACCUAGUGAGGAUUUGGGGAUUCUGUUCUGAAGAUAAGCACAAACUCCUCGUCUCUGAGCACAUCAAAAAUGGCUCAUUGGACAAGCACCUGUUCCCCCCAAAUUUCCUUGGAUGGCAAGAAAGGUUUAAAGUUGCAAUUGGAAUAGCAAAGGGUUUAGCAUAUCUUCAUCAUGAGUGUCUAGAAUGGGUUAUCCAUUGUGAUGUGAAGCCCGAGAACAUACUCCUAGAUGGAAAUUUCGAACCAAAGAUUGUAGAUUUCGGGCUAGCAAAGUUAACCCAGAGAGGCAACCUGAGCUCAGUUUUUUCUCAAAUUCGUGGAACGAAAGGGUAUAUGGCUCCCGAGUGGGCUCUAAACCUUCCGAUCACUGCAAAAGUGGAUGUUUAUAGUUUUGGAGUGGUAAUUCUAGAGUUAGUGAAGGGCAUUCGCCUUUCAAGUUGGGUAGUUGAGGACACUGAUGAUGUAGAGUCGGAGUUGACAAGGUUUGUGAGGGCAGCGAAGCAGAAAAUUCAAUGCGGGAAAGAUCUGUGGAUCGAGGAUAUGAUGGAUCCAAGGCUGAAUGGGCAGUUCAGCAGGAUCCAAGCGGCAAAGAUGGUUGAGAUUGGGAUUUCCUGUGUGGAGGAAGAAAAGAGCAAAAGAUCAACUAUGGAUUCAGUAGUUAAAAUUUUACUAGAAUGUGAAGUUGAAUCUGAUGUCGCUUCUCCACACGACACAAGUAACAGCAAUUUAAGCUUUAGAGAGAUAAAUAUGUAAAAAAAUGCUUACUCUAAAGGUUCAAUUGUAACGGCAUCUUUUGUAAAAACAAAUAUAUACGUACAAUGAUAUUAGCUUCCACA